AACAAAUCGAUGCAGCUAUUGAACAAUUAAAACAACCUAUUACAUUAUCUAAUCCACAUUCAUGUUGGUUACAACUUCGACAGCUUUAUUCAAUGUUACAUCCUACUGGUAAACGAUCAGGUACAAUUCAUGCUAUGAAUCAAAUAAGUCCAAAAUUAGCACAAAUUAAACAUAGUGUUAUACCAAUUCCAGACGAAGAUGGACAAUUUCAUACAAUUCAUAGUGUUGGUCAAACUGUUCAAGUAUUACCAACAAAAACUCAUCUUCAUUUAGAUGAAUGUAUUAUGGAAUUAUUAUCAAUAAUAAAUGUUAUGUUUACAAAAAUAAAUCGAAAUGAAUUAUGGUCAUAUGAAGCUAGAAAUUAUUCUGUUAUACCAUUACCUUCAAGAAGUAGUUUAAUUCAAUGGGUUGAAGAUGUAACAUCAUUAUUUACACUUUAUAAACGAUGA